UUUUUCUUUUUGACCACAACCUCCCUGUGUGCAGCAGAGCUCCUGCGUCCCUUUGAAGACUUUCUGCUUCUCAGCAUCAAAUCUUUCCUUCUGACCAGGAUUUAACUACAAGCAGAAUAUCAAGGUCUUUCCUGGUUUUGGGGGAUUGCACAGAGACAACUAAGACCAGGAUUUGUCUCACAGCCAGGAUGAUGAUCUGUUUCCUCCAGGUUCUGGUGUUUUUGCUGCCUCAGCUGGUUUUCUCAAUCCCAAACAACUUCAUCUACCAUGACUACAUCAAUGGAAAUAGCAGCAAAGAAAUUCAUUUCAAUGGUGUGAAGCUCCAUGUGGACUCUGCUCAAGCCUCAGUGUUUGCAGUCGGAGGGGGUAAUGCCACCAUGCCCUGCAGGUUCUGGUAUGAACCUGAGCUGAGCUCACCAAGGGAGGUCCGCGUCAAGUGGUCCUGGCUGCCUGCUGCUGGGGGACACCAGACAGAUGUGCUGGUGGCCAUCGGCUCCCGCAGUCGAAGUUUUGGAGACUUCAGGGGUCGUGUGCAGCUCAGACAGGAUUUCCCAGGAGACGCUGCCCUUGUGAUGACGAACCUGCAGUGUAAUGAUACGGGCCGUUAUCACUGCGAGGUGGUGGACGGGUUGGAGGACAAGAGCACUUCAGUUUAUCUGGAGUUACGAGGUGUGGUGUUUCCCUACCAGCACCCUCAUGGUCGUUACCAGCUCAGCUUCCUGGGAGCCCAGCAGGUCUGUGAGGAGCAGGACUCCACGCUGGCCACCUUCAUGCAGCUUUUCCAGUCCUGGAAGGAGGGCCUGAACUGGUGCAAUGCAGGCUGGCUGGCUGACGGGACAGUCCAGUACCCUAUCAACAAGCCCAGAGUGCCCUGUGGGGGGCAUGGCCUCGCCCCGGGGGUCCGGAGCUACGGCAGACGGCACCUGCACCUUCAUCACUAUGAUGUCUUCUGUUUCUCCUCUUCACUGCAUGGGAAAGUCUACUUUCUGCAGCCCUCUCAUAAGAUGAACCUGACUGAGGCUCAACAGGCAUGUCAGAAGGAUGGAGGGGAGAUCGCCAAAGUCGGUCAGCUCUACGCCGCCUGGAAACUCCGAGGGCUGGACCACUGUGACGCUGGUUGGCUGGCUGAUGGGAGCGUUCGGUAUCCCAUCACCAGGCCACGAAUAAACUGUGGUCCCUCUGAGCCCGGGGUGCGCAGCUUUGGCUUCCCACCACCUCAGCACAAGCAUGGAGUUUACUGCUACAAGGCAGGGGCCGAAUGAAUUUAGAUCCCACUCUUCUAUGGGGUCAGAAAUGAAACGUUUCUUGAAAAUAUGUAUCCUUAAUGAGCAGACAACAAAGUCUAUCGAAGGGGUCUUUAGCAGAGGCAAGCCAGAUGUUGUUCACAGAUAUAUCCGCUACUUUUCAAGCCAUUCAAAAUAAUAGAAUCCCUAAUGAUCUGGACAUCAUUUGGGAAAAACAUCAAAAGUAGCUCAUGCAAAACAUCAUUGUUCUAUUGUGUAUCUAAUUGUUCUCCAACUGUCUUCCUCAUUCUGAAACAACAAAUUUAGGAUGGCAAAUUCUCACUCCUGCCACCUAAAGUGGGGCACAACAUAGUUACACAACAUAGGAUGGGCAGGAAUUUGACAAAAACAGCAUUAAUAACCUUGAAACCUGUUGUUAUUAUACUAUACAGGAGUAGCCUUUACAGAAUGAGCAUUAAAAUGACAAAUCUGCACCAUUUGAAUCCAUCCCGUAUCUGGGCUGCUCUAAUUGUAAAUCAAAAAUCCCCAACAUGGCCAAGUAAACGCAGUCCUCAGUACUCUGAAUUGGAUAUUAGGCAAACAAAGAAACAUUUACUAAGUUAUAUUAGAUUUAGGGAAUAGCACAGAAGUAGCAGUAGUUGCAUCUUAUAACAACUUCCAAUGUUGUUAUGCCAGUCUGUAAGAAAAGACUGUUUAGAAAGUUUUUUUAAGGCCAAAAUCACUCUUUGUUUAACCUGAUUAUUAACUGUCGUAAAGGGUCCCUAAUAGGUUUUACUUACAAGUGAAGAGAUUGGAAAUCACUGGUGAAAACCUUUUACUUAGUUUUACUUUAUCUACAUCUCAUUGUAUGUUUCUACUAGUGCAUUCUCUUUGAAUUUCUCUUUUUGUACAUGUGAGCCAAACCUUUGCUUUACUAUGAUGUUGUCUCACUAUUAAUGCCAUUAAGCAUAAAGCUUUUUAUAUUAUUCUUUUUGCUGAUGAAGGUGCUGUAUAACCAUACCUCAGGUGAUUUUCACAUCACUCAUAAAUCUGAUAUAUAACUUAUUUUUGUAUGACAUGCUUCUUCUAACCAUUAAAAUCCUUGUGCACACGG